AUGCACAGCAAAGUAGUUAUCAUCGGCUCUGGGCCGGCCGCCCACACUGCCGCCGUCUACCUGGCCCGCGCCGAGCUGAAGCCCGUUCUCUACGAGGGCUUCAUGGCCAAUGGCAUCGCCGCCGGUGGCCAGCUCACCACCACGACCGAGAUUGAGAACUUCCCCGGUUUCCCCGAUGGCAUUAUGGGCCAGGAGUUGAUGGACAAGAUGAAGGCCCAGUCCGAGCGUUUCGGCACCACGAUUGUCAGCGAGACCGUUGCCAAGCUCGACCUCUCUGCCCGCCCCUUCAAGUACGCUACCGAGUGGUCCCCCGAGGAGUACCACACUGCCGACGCCGUCAUCCUGGCCACCGGCGCCUCUGCCCGCAGACUCCACCUCCCCGGUGAGGAGAAGUACUGGCAGAACGGUAUUUCGGCCUGCGCCGUUUGCGACGGUGCCGUCCCCAUCUUCCGCAACAAGCACCUUGUUGUCAUUGGUGGCGGUGACUCCGCUGCCGAGGAGGCCAUGUACCUUACCAAGUACGGCAGCCACGUUACGGUGCUGGUUCGCAAGGACAAGCUGAGGGCCAGCAGCAUCAUGGCCCAGAGGUUGUUGAAGCACGAGAAGAUCACUGUCAAGUUCAACACCGUCGGUGUCGAGGUCAAGGGCGACGACAAGGGUCUCAUGAGCCACCUUGUCGUCAAGGACGUCACCACUGGCCAGGAGGAGACUCUUGAGGCCAACGGUCUCUUCUAUGCCAUCGGCCAUGAUCCCGCGACCGCCUUGGUCAAGGGUCAGCUCGAGACCGAUUCUGAGGGUUAUGUCGUUACCAAGCCUGGCACCACCCUUACCAGCGUUGAGGGUGUCUUUGCUGCUGGUGAUGUUCAGGAUAAGAGGUACAGGCAGGCUAUUACCAGCGCCGGCACCGGCUGCAUGGCUGCCCUCGAUGCCGAGAAAUUCUUGUCGGAGCACGAGGAUACCCCCGCCGAGCACCGCGAUACCACCGCCGUGCAGGGCAACCUUUAA